AUGCAUAUUUUCAGCACUAUAACAGUAUAUAAUCCUUAGCAAAGAACAUUGUUAGUGCAUUGCGAACCGCAAACACUUGAGAUCCCAUUGUGCUCGAGAGAACCCAUUGAGAUCUGAAUAACGUUAUAGCAUUCUAGCUACAACAACUUUCCUCGUCACCUUUCAUUCUUUCCUUCCUUCUUUAUUUCUUUUCUCAUCAUCUGCUGCAGUUGAGAUUCAAUCAUGGCUGCAAAACUUGAAGGUGGUGGAGCUUAUCUCUCUUCCUUUGUAGAUGUUGUUUUAAACAAGCUGUCUUUAGUACUUGAUGACGACGACUCAUUCACCGAAAGGAACAACUUGCUUGGAAGAUUGGAGAAAAGUCUGUCUGAUGUUGGACCUGUUCUUGAUGAUGCUGAGCAGAAGCAGUUCACUAACGAGAAAGUCAAGAGUUGGCUUGAUGAUCUCCAAGAUGCUCUCUAUAAGGCUGAUGACUUGCUCGAUGAACUCUCAACUGAAGCUGCCAUUGCCACCCAAAGGGAUCCAGGUAACUCUUAUUCCUGGUCUCAUCCUGUUGAUUCAUAUAUUAAUUAUAGUGGUGGCAUGGAAAAAGUAGUUCAAAGACUAGAGUAUGUUGUAGCACGCAAAAAUUUACUUCAUCUGAAGGAGAGUGCCAAGGUGGACAUGUCAUCAUGGAGAACUCCAUCCACAUCUCUCGUUGUAAGUUCCCACAUAUUUGGUCGGGACAACGAUAAGGAGGAGAUAAUCAAAUUGUUGCUAGAUGAUGGUUGUCAUGCUGAAUCACCUGUCACUGUGAUCCCCAUUGUGGGUCUGGGUGGAAUAGGAAAAACUACUUUGGCUCAAUUGGUUUACAAUGAUGCCAAAGUGGUGAAAAAUUUUGACCUUAAAGUGUGGGUGUGUGUUGCUGAAAACUUUGAUCCUGUUAACCUUACACGGAUUAUACUAAAGAAAAUAACUUCUUGUUCUUGUGACACGGAUGACUUUGAAUCACUUCAGACUGAUUUGAAGGAUAAGUUGGUACGGAAGAGAUUCUUAGUUGUUUUAGAUGACGUCUGGGAUGAUCGAGGGGACAUAUGGGAGGAUAUUCUAAAACCUUUUCAGUAUGGGAAUAAGGGAAGUAAAAUUCUCUUAACAACCCGUAGUGAAAAGGUUGCUUCUAUGUUCACAGCUAUUAAACAACAUUACCGACUAGGUUUAUUGUCUGAUCAAGACUGUUGGUCUGUGUUUCUCAAGCACUCAUCUCUUUCUAUUAAUUCUGAACAACAUGCAACUUUAGAACCAAUCGGUAGAAAAAUUGUUGAAAAGUGUAAGGGGUUACCUUUGGCUGUGAAAACACUUGGAGGUUUAUUGCGCCAUAAGUAUGAUGUAGGGGAUUGGGAGAAUAUACUUGAAAGUAAAAUUUGGAAACUCCCAGAAAAUGACAGUAAGAUUAUUCCUGCAUUAAGAGUAAGCUAUCACUAUCUUCCUUCACAUCUAAAGCGGUGCUUUAUUUACUGCUCAUUAUUUCCUGAGGAUUAUCAAUUUGACAAAAAUGAAUUAAUCUUGCUGUGGAUGGCUGAGGAUCUCGUACUACCAAACAAAAACUACACGUUAGAAAAUAUUGGUUGUACAUAUUUUGAUGAGUUAGUUGCAAGGUCAUUUUUUCAACCUUCUAGUAUUGAUGUUGGUGUAUUUGUAAUGCAUGAUCUCAUGCAUGAUUUAGCAACAUUUUUUGCUGGAAAGUUCUAUUUCAGAGUCACAGAAUUUGGAGAUCUGCAAAAGAUUUACAACAAAACUCGUCAUUUGUCAUAUAUGGUAAAUCCUAACGAUCCAGUCAUACGACUUGGAGAGGUCUACAAGGGAGCAAUUCAUAUGAGAACAUUUCUAGCUGUUCAUUUGCUUCAUCUUUAUGAAUCAAUUGAUAUAACAAGUGAUUCUAGGCACUUACAAUUAUUAGAAUUGAGGUGUUUAAGAGCGUUGUCAUUUAAAUCUUUUUCUAUUGAGUCAUUGCCGGAUUCAAUAGAUAAACUGAUCCAUUUACAUUAUUUGGAUCUCUCUUACACACCUAUUGUGGAAUUGUCUGAGUCAUUGUGUAAAUUACACAAUCUCCAAACGUUGAAGUUGACUUAUUGUGUUCAUCUAAAGAUGCUACCUAGCCGCAUGCAAGAUCUUGUAAACCUGCGCCAUCUUGAUAUUGAAGAAACGCCUUCGUUGAUAGAGAUGCCGAAGGGAAUGAGCAAGUUAAAACAUCUGAACUUCUUGAGUGGUUAUAUUCUCGGCAAGAAGGAGGAGAAUGGAAUAAGAGAACUGGGAUCACUUGACAAUCUUCAUGGCUCACUAUGUAUUUCCAACUUAAAGAAUGUCAACAACAGCCGUGAAGCUUUGGAGGCAAAGAUGGCUAACAAGAAGCACAUCAACGUUUUAGAAUUGAAAUGGAUUCCAGAUAAUGAUGACGACGACGAUGAUGUUGAUUUUCAAAAAGAGAGAAGCAUUCUUGAGUUGUUACAACCUCACCGAAACUUGAGAGAGUUAUCAAUUGAUGGUUAUAGGGGUGAAAUAUUCCCUGAUUGGUUAGGCCUUUCUUGCUACUCCAAUUUAACCGACUUGAGUAUGCAUCGUUGUAAGAAUUGCCGUCAGCUUCCUUCACUGGGACAGGUACCCUCUCUGCAGCAUCUGUAUAUAACGGGACUUGAAGGGUUGGAGAGAAUUGGUGGUGAGUUUUACAAUAACGCUGAAUCAUCUCAUCAGGGGACACCCUUCAGAUCUCUUCAAACUCUGAGAUUUACUCAUAUGCCUCGCUGGCGAGAGUGGCAUAUUCCUCAUGACUUUGAUGGAUUUCCGAAACUUAAAAGCCUUUCCAUAGUCAACUGUCCGGUGUUAAGUGGAGAUCUGCCUGCUCACCUUCCAGCUCUGGAGAAACUUAACAUUGUUAACAGCGACGAGCUUGCAUGUUCACUGCCGAGAGCUCCCAAGCUUCACCAAUUACUUGUAAUGGGUCCUUGGUAUGAGCCUGAUGAGUAUGCGUAUGAGCAUUUAUCGAAACCGCAUGAGGUAGUAAUUUUAGAAACUUUGCUUACCAAGUCCGUAUUGGAGUGCCUGCCUCACAUCGAAUGGUCGUGUGUCCAACGUUUGACAAUCGAGAAUCCUUGGCCAGCACUAUCAUUUUCAGGAGAUUAUUUGCCCGAUUCAUUACAAUAUCUGCAAAUCACUGGGUGUUCAGACUUAACAUUCUCAGGGCCACUGCAUUCCAAGUCCCUAACGGAGAUACUUGUCGAAGAAUGUCGUUCACUGACGUUGUUGCCAUUGGGGGCCCUUCCAAAUCUGAAGACACUCUCUAUCUCAGAUUGCCCAGAAAUGGAUUGUUUUGGAGAGGAGUGCCUCCCGCGGAGCUUGACAACUCUUGAGAUCAGUAGAUGCCAGAAAUUAGAGAGGUGGAUAACUUGGAGGGGUUUGCAGAGUGAAGGCCUUACCCGUCUCAUCCUUGAAGGCUGGAAGGAAGUUAAGUCGUUCCCGAGAGAGGGUUGCCUUCCUGCUUCCCUCCAGUAUCUAUCUUUGUCGUACUUUUCAAAUCUGGAGACGCUAGACUGCAAGGGCCUUCACCAACUCACCUCCCUCCAAAAAUUAACAAUUCAAUACUGUGGAAAGCUGGAGAAUAUCACACAACAAAACCUGCCUGCCUCCUUAUCAAAAUUCAUCAUCAACAGUAUAUGUCCAUUGAGGAGUAAGCUGGAAGAGAUGAACGACCCACGAAUUCAAUUCGACACAGACUAGGAGUAUGAGUUCCGUUGAUUUCUGCAACAUGCAAGGAUUCUGUCUAUUCAUAAUUUAAUAUGUUAAGGAGGAGGUGGAAGCAGGAGUUUCAAUUCAUGGAUGUGGUAAGGUGAGAAUGGGGGUGAACUAAAAGUUGAAUGUUCCAAGAAAUUCAUAGAUAUGAUAAUGCAAGCAUUCUAUGAAAACCAGUCCAAGGAUGUUGUGGUUUCAAGCGUCUUGUGAGUUCUUGGCACAGCACACUCUUCAUCCUUUUUAGAUGGGUUUCUCAUGAUCCAGACCCUGAAAUACAAUAUGGAUUUCUUUGCUGGAAUGCUGAAAUACAAUACGACUGGGACUGCCAUUCGUUCAAGUUUCAUGGUCAACCAUUACUAGUUCAUUAAGUCCAAACUCAGUUUUACCAAGGAAUACCCUGAGUUUGAGUUGGGAAGUUAGGACCCAUUCUGUAUAUUUUAGUUAGGGUGUUAAUUUCUGCUUUGCUCUUUCUGUUUGAAUCUGUUUUGAAUCUCUUAUUCUAUUGGAUAGUUUCCUCACAUAUAUAAGAUUGCCUUUUGUAUCUUAUGUAUAAUCAAUGAAUGAGGUUAUUCAGUCUCAUA